CGGCGCCGCGCGCGGCCUCGGCCUCGUGCAGCGCCGUCGCGCGCGCCUGCUCCAGGCGCGCGCGGCGCACCUCGUCCAAGGCCUGGGCCCGCUCGCCCUUGAUGGCCCGGUCGAGGUGCACCAAGAGCAGGCUCGACUCGGGCGCCGCGAGCUCGAAGGCGGCCGGGGCCGGAGUGGCGUACGGCGGGGCGGCCGGUAGCGGUGGGGCGGCCAUUUGUGUUUUGCAACUUAUGGGGCAGCCUCUGCAGCGUACCCUUUUGAGCGUUUCUCCGUGUACGCAGCUUCGCCGGCGCACGAGUUAGUCUAGCGUUCGUGACCGCUUAAGUACUCUCUCUGCAGCGCGCGCAACGCGUGUGCGGUGCACAACAGAUGCACAACCGGCGCUUGGUAAG